UAAAAAGGUUAGUCUGGCUUCAGUUGAUUUUAGAAAUAUUCAGGAACGAACUCCUGUACAGAUUACCGGUUCUUUUGAAACAAUUGCAAGAACGACAUAUUAUUGUUUUCUAUUAAUUAUUUAAGUAAUAAGUGGUUUAUUAAAAGUAUUCUACCCAUAAAAUGUACACUGUUUCUAAAGGGCCCAGUAAAAUCGUAGCCAAAACGAGGAGAGGUAUUUCUCAAAAUCUUGAUAAUUUAAGAGACUUGAAAAAAAAUCAGGAAGACAACGGUGAUAUCUUAAGCCUUCCCAAACCAGUCUUUCAGCCUGUAAAUGGUAAAAAGUCACAUUCUUUUCGUGCACAACAAGAAGCCAUUACACCACAACAUGAAGAAAUUAUCAGAUUUAUACAUGAUUCAUGGACAUCAGUUUGCAAAGAAGGUGAAGAAGAGGCCUCGGAGCAGAAACAAAAUCAGAACGCAGCUAAGGUAGUUUAUUAUAAGUGCAACGAACCGAAUCUCGAUCUGAAAGACUUCAAGCCGUUUGACCUGGAGUCGUGGUGGGGAAAGAGGCUGUUCAACACAAUCACCAAAUCUAUCCCGUAAACUAUUGUACAGGAAAUUCUUUGGUGGCAUCUCAUUCUGUACCUGUGAAUGCUCUUGGAAACUCUUAAAGUUACAUAAACCAAAAAAGAUACAUAUUUUAUGCUAAGUGAAAAUUCUUGUUCAUUGGCAAUUUUCCCCGAACAAACGGUAUACUGGAUUUAGUAUUAUUUUAGAUAAUUGUCGAUGUUCUUGCUCUUUCAUUCAAGAUCAAGAUUGUUAUCAGCGCGUGAAGAGUAUAUUGUGAAUGAGAUGUAGUUUAGAUAUAGUUUUUUUGUUUAGUAGAAUUUGUUUUUAGAUGAUGAAAUUCGUUUUGAGGUAUUAAUCUGGAAAUUUUUCUUUUUCUUUCUUUUUUUAGUAAAAAAAAGUAAAUUAAAAAUUUUCUUGAUAAAAUAAAAAAAUACAGGAUAAUGUAAAAAUCCUUGCAUUAUGCCGUCAUGUUUGACAAAAGGAGACUGUAAUAAUUAAAUAUUUACAAUGCUUUGUUGAAUUUUCAUUGUUUAUUUUUUGUUUUACUAUUAUUAAUAAUUUAUAUUGUGAUCCUCGUCUUAAUACGUAAACGUCGAACGCUCAAUUGUCAACUAGUUGUUGUUUUUAAUGUUAUUGUUUUCUACAUUUUUCUUUGGUAAUUUCAUGUUACUUUGGGUUGUGUAUGUGCUUAUGUGCACAAAUUCAAAUGACGCUUUCAGUGUAAAUCGCUCAUACGAUCCUUAUAUGAUAAGGCUCACAAGACAAUACUUAGGUUAUAGAAGAGGUAGGCUGCGUGCGUUUAUGUUUGCACUGACUGCUCCUCGGAGCGCGGCCUGCAUUAGAGUUGAAUGGCCCCUUGGCUGAUGCUUUGAGUGGGCCAUUAUCGACGAUUUAGUAGUGAUUUUGUAGUUGCAUGCUCGUAUAAUUGUUUUUAUGAGACUCUCCCUCCGUUAACCCCUUUCCUUUGAAAUUGUUGUGGAUGGAUUGUCUGAGGAUAUAGUUUACUGUAGCAAUAUAUAUAUUUGUACGCAUUCCACUAGCUUGUAGGACUCGACGAGAUGAAUUAUUUUUUUAGUGGCUUUUGUAAUAGUUAAUCAAACGGAAGGUUGUAGCUAGAAUGAAUAUAUUUAUUUUCGAAAUCCCCUUGAAGUCCUGAACUGCAAGACGAGUUUGCUGAAGAAUUAGUCUCUCAGUAGAUUAUACCCACUGCAAUCUCCACAGUCUUUAUAGUCUCAUUGUAGGCAAUUUGUGUUUUUAUAGUUUAUAUGUAUUUAGUAUAAGGCAAUAAAUAUAAUUUUGAGAAAAUUAUUAAUGUGAAAACUAUUUUGGAUCUAAAAGAUGAAAAAUAAUUACUUUUUAAAAUUGUUAAAUUAGAACAUUAUUAUUUAUAUCUGUUGUUUUGUUAUAUUUAUCACCUUGUUAAGAAACAUGUUUGAUAAAAGAUUUUACACAAUAAUUAGCUUGGCUCAAAAAAAAUAAACUAAGCAAAUAAAGUUGCCU